CGCAGGAUGCGAUGCACGGGGUCAUCUUCGUUUUCGGAAAGUUAGAAGGACCAUCUACCCCUUAUGAGGCGAGGAUUGUCGGUUAGAUUCAACCCCAAAGAUUGUUAGCUCACAGCUAAAAGUAUCCACUUCUGUUCUAUAUAAAAUCUUGGUCACAUCCCAAUUAUCAUUGCUAGAAGGAAAGAAACCACAACGCAAUUUCCUUUGAAUUCAACUCAUCAAUCCUCUUUCCUCUCCUUCACCUUCUCCCCUUCUUAUCUUCUCGGCACGCAUGGUGAUCGCUCUUCAGUCGUCCCCGGCCUCUGCCUCUCUGCUCCCGCGGAUCUGCACGGGGCGGAGGAGGUUGAUGAUAUCCUGUGAGGUCGCGCUCCAAUCGGAAGCCAAGCCGUCCUCGGUCUCCUUCAAGAAGGGCGUCGCGCCGUCGCCGGACCCCACGAGGAUUGGGUCGAGGGUCAGAGUGAAGGCGCCGGUGAGGGUGUACCACGUGCCGCGGGUGCCGGAGCUGGAGCUGGGCGGGAUGGAAGGUGAGGUGAAGCAGAACUUGCUGUUCUGGAGAGGCAAGAGCCUGACCGCCAAUCGCCCUUUCAGGGUGGAGUUUGUCAGGGAUGUGGAGGGCCGGGGGCUCGUCAAGUUCGUCGCGCACCUGGAGGAGGAUGAAUUGGAGUUUGUUUGAUCGAGCCGAUUGCUGUAAAAAAAGAAAUUAUCGCUUAAAGCUUAAUUCUAUUGUAUCUAAAUUAAACCCAUCCUAUAUUUAGAAACAGUAAGAUACACGCCGCGUCGCAAGAAUUUGUUUACACAUGAAAUGAAUAAAACAUGUUUUACGUUGCUUCGC